AUGAUAGCAUCGAAGGUAGGGCAAUCGAUUCCGCCUAACACAAGCCAUGCUAUAUCCGUGUGUUUGCCUACUUGGGAAGAUAAUAUAGCGUAUUCGAAGGGCGAUUCUGAUCUGUUGAGCCGGCUGCAGACUGGAUAUCCUAGGUUUAAUAUCCACAAGUCAGUACAACGGCUAUGUGAGGUGCUUACUGAUAAAUAUGCGAAGGAAAAUGAGUCUUGCUUGUGUUUCCCUUCUUAUAAAGUAGCCAAGCGUUGUCGUGAAUAUAUCAGAAUCAAGUCUUCAAGGGAAGCUUUAAGAGUACCAAAAGUUAGAAUCUUACAAUUGGCAACUUCAAAACCAGUCACCAUAGAGGAGGCAAGAUGGAAAAAAGAAUGCAGAAUUGCAGUUGUGUUCGUGGAUAAAAAAUAUUAUAAAUUCAUACAACAGUAUUGGCAAUACACCGGGGAAAUUAUCUCGAGCAGAUUGGCGGAAUAUGUCUUGCAUGAACUUUUUAUAGUGGAAAAGUCCAGUCAGUCAAUGAAAUCUCCAAAUAAAGGAUCUACGCAUUUAGAACAAAGGGAUAAAGAGGAAUACAUAGAAACAAGAUAUGGCAGAAAUUUAAACUUUGCAUUUGGAAAUAGAGCUAAAGGUUUGAUCAAGAGAAGAAUAGCAACAAAAGUAGCGGAUAAUAUAGAAUUGGAAGCGGAGGAUUUCGAAAAUUACCAUUUGGAUAGCCAUUUGAAUUUGAAUAACCAUCAGAAUCCAACUUUGGAUAUAAAUACAGAUUUCUUGGAUACCAUGAAUGACGACGAUCAUCAUCCUAGAUCUCAUGAUAUAAUAUCUACCAUUCCACCAGAACCGAUUGAAAUGGAUACCCCAAACGAUAAUUUGAGCUCAAUUAAUAGUUUCGUUUCUGUGUCAAAUGAUAUUAACGAAAAUAAUAGACCUAACAUGAGAAUUGAUGCUGAGAAAGAUGUAUUUUUGUUUCCUAGUGGUAUGGCAUCUUUAUUUACAGCACAUAGGCUUCUUCUAAAUCUAGACGCAAGACGUGUACAACGUUCAAGAUCAUCUUCAAAUGUUGCAACUAACACUAACAAUGGAUUAGCAGACAAUUCAAUCAAUACAGGAGCAUCGAUAGGUUAUGGUCCUCCCUACAAGAAGACAGUGUUAUUUGGAUUCUCAAAUAAUGAUACUAAAAACAUACUAAGUGAAUUUAAUCAUACGCAUUAUUUUGCAUGUGGAGAUUCUAAUUCUUUAAAAGAUUUAGAAUGUACAUUGCAUUCAGGAGAGCAAAUAUUAGCUGUCUUUGUUGAAACACCUUCAAACCCAUUAUUAAAAAUGCCAGAUCUCGCACAUUUAAGGCGGUUGGCUAAUCUAUAUGGGUUUUAUAUCAUUAUUGAUGAAACAAUGGGAGGCUUUGUCAAUAUUGACGUAUUGCCUUAUGCAGAUAUUGUUUGUAGCUCAUUGACAAAAAUAUUUAGUGGUAGCUCGAACGUUAUUGCCGGUUCAAUGGUAUUGAAUCCACAAGAAAAGCUUUACAGUUUUGCUCAAGUCUUCAUGAGUCAAUUGGGAGAAUACGAAGAUCAUUUAUGGUGUGAAGACGCCAUCUAUCUAGAACGAAAUUCCCGUGAUUUUAUUGCUAGAACUAUCAAAACUAAUCAAAAUACCGAGUUUUUGUUGAAGAAAGUGUUGUUAGCACAAGAAGGACCUUCGAAAUUAUUCAAAAAAAUCUUUUAUCCAAGCCUCACUUCCGCAGAGUCCAAAGUAAAUUAUGAUGCCGUUAGAUGUAAAUCUAUUGAUAAGGACAGUGAUGAAGAAGGUGGUUAUGGGGGUCUGUUCUCAUUGGCAUUCAACAAAAUUGAACAAGCUAAGAUAUUUUUCAAUGAAUUGAACCUAAGUAAGGGGCCAUCGUUGGGAACAAAUUUUACGUUAUCAUGUCCCUACACAGUGCUAAUGUAUUAUGACAAAUUAGAUGAAGUUGCAAAAUACGAAGUUGAAGAAAGCUUAGUUAGAGUUAGCAUUGGUAUUGAAUCUCAAGAUGAAUUGCAAAAAGCAUUUCAACAUGCAAUUGACGAAGCACUAAACGUAUGA